AUGGUCUCGAACCCAGAUGCCGACCUUGCUAUAUGCAACCACCUCAUUGUUGUUUGCUGUCAUGCUAUUUACACCGGGGGUUCACAUCUUGGAACCUCAGAAGACGAGUGGCUGAUUGAGCCCUUCCAAAAGGGGGAAACACCCACAUUCAUCGAUCAUGUCAAAGCUGGAUUGAAAGCUCUAGCAGAAGACCCUCAUGGCCUGCUUGUGUUCUCUGGUGCCACUUUCCAGCCGUCGGACUCGGUCCAGUUGGCCCAGAACAAGAAGAUUAUGGGCAUAAAGUUGCUGUAA